AUGGAUACCUUCAAACACGAUCACAUCGUCCAAUUCUUCGAGAACCGCGUGACGCGUUUCGUGCAGCGGGCACGCCACCAUAAAGACGCCUCUGUUGCCUUUUUUGCUUCAUUCCUUGUGCCCCUUGAGGACCUUGCAGAAACCAGCUCUAUCGAGUAUGCGUCCGGGGGCGGCGAGGGCCAGACUGAGCGCCGUCCCGACUUCACUUUCUCAAGCCACAAGAAGUCUACAUACGCAAUUCUGGUGGGGGAAGCGGUGGCAGGGCCGGCCACACUAGCUCAAGAACUCCUCGCGCGAGAAUACAUCGAGUCCACUAAGGGUGGCAUACGAACUGUCAUCGGCAUCGAUCGCGAUCAUCCGGCGGGGACGGGGGCACGUCUGUCGGUCUGGAGAGCCAAAUUUGGCGAAGACCGGAAGUUCCAGGGUGUCGCUGACGCCGACAGCGUGGAAAUCCGAAGCAAGUACGGCAUCAAAAACCCCAAGAAGGUUCCCGUGGGGCUCUCCCUGUCUCUUGAAGACUUGGCCGUUACCGGGCCAGUGAGCAGGGAUGCAGCAGUGGUUCGAUCUGCGACUAUGAAGAUUGGUGUGAAUGACCUGUUUAGGAUGUUGCAAAUGGCUGAGCGGCAUGAGAAGGCAAAGAAAGCCCAUAAGGCGAAAUGA